GAGCGGAGGAGCGUGUCUCGGGGCGGCCCGCCACCAGUAGGAAGGUGUGUGUGAGCGGUGUGAGUGUGAGUCGCUGGGGAAGGAGAGACGGAGCUCCCGACGGCAGAGCAGCACCUCCUCCUGGCCGAGCUGGGGACUGCAGCAUUACUGAACUGCUGUCUGCUCAACACGCACACGGGGUACCCAUUCUAUCAGACCGUCUGGUAUUGGGGACUCCAGUUCGUGGUAACAGACUCCAUCUGUCCUCUCUGCUGGUAAACCUCACUCCUGAGACUCAUACCUGGAGUCGCCUCAAAGCUGCCCUCUCCCUACACAGGAAGACCAAAGCGUUCCUGACUCCGAAGAGGCCUCUCUACCUGCUGUCCUCUCCUGAGGCGGAGCUAGGGGUGAGACUAGAGGCGGAGCUAGAGGCGGAGCUAGGUGAUGUCAGUCAAAAACUGUUCUCCACGCCCCGCCACACGCCCCGCCCACCAAACCUCCGCUCAACGAUACGGGGGAGCGCUCCUCUGAGUGUGUAUUCGUUAGACGGAGAGCUGUCUGAUGACCAGAAGGUGUUUUCGGAGUGUAACCAGACAGGACCUCUGGGCUUCCAGGACUGUCUCCCAGCAGCCAGGAUGAAGCUGUGUAGGAAGAUCGGAGAGGGGACCUUCGGAGAGGUCUUCAGUACCACCAACACCUCUGGAGACGCCGUCGCUCUCAAGAUUAUCCCAGUAGAAGGAUGUGACCAGGUGAAUGGAGAGGAACAGAAAACCUUUGGAGAAAUCCUCCACGAGAUUAUCAUCUCCAAGGAGCUGAGCAGUCUAAAGGAGAAGAAACACAACCAGACCACUGGCUUCAUCGGACUGAAGGAUCUCCACUGUGUCAAGGGCUGCUACCCUCCAAGCCUGCUAAAAGCCUGGGACUCCUUCAACACACAGAGAGGAUCAGAGAAUGACCGGCCAGAUUUCUUCAAUGACGAGCAGCUGUUUCUGAUCCUGGAGUUUGAGUUUGGAGGCAGAGACCUGGAGAACAGUAAUGGACAGCUGGCGUCGGUGAUGGUGUCUAAGAGUAUCCUCCAUCAGGUGACUGCUGCGCUGGCUGUGGCUGAACAGGAGCUCUGCUUUGAACACAGAGACCUCCACUGGGGUAAUGUGUUGGUCCAGUCCACUAAGGAGAAGGAGGGGAGAUUCCUCCUCAAUGGAACAAACCAUUCCUUAGAGACCAGGGGGGUGAGCGUACGCAUCAUCGACUACUCCCUCUCCAGGCUCGAGAUCGAUGGUCUCACCGUGUCCUGUGACAUCUCAGAGGAUGAGGAGUUGUUCCAGGGCCAUGGAGACCUGCAGUUUGACAUCUACAGACUCAUGAGACAGGAGAACGGUAACAAGUGGGGUGACUACCAGCCCCACUCUAAUGUGUUGUGGCUCCACUACCUGAGCUCCAAGCUGCUGACUAUGACCUAUAAGAGUCGAGGGGGGCGGGGCGUCAAGCAGGCCAGGUUGGACCUGCAGCGUUUCCACGACGAUGUCCUCACCUUCCGAUCUGCCUCUGACAUACUGUACAACUGUGGCCUGUUCCAAUGAGAAAGAGAGAGAGUGUGUGUGUGUGUGUGUGUGUACUGCCACAUAUUGUUGUUGUUAGCUUGGUUAGCGGGAUGCUAAGUGGUUAGCGGGAUGCUAAGUGGUUAGCGGGAUGCUAAGUGGUUAGCGGGAUGCUAAGUGGUUAGCGGGAUGCUAAGUGGUUAGCGGGGUGCUAAGUGGUUAGCGGGGUGCUAAGUGGUUAGCGGGAUGCUAA